AAAAAAAAAAGGCAUUAAUUAAUAAUUAGAGUGCCCCUAUAUAAUGCUUGCUUCAUACAAAAUUAGUUUUGAAGUAGAUAGUUAUCACAAUUCACAUAUAAGAGAGCAUGGAAUUCUCCAUUUCAUUCUACAUAUUCAGUGUUGCUGCAGUAAUAGCAGUAGCAGUGGGCUCCUGGGCUUCCCCUGUUUUGGGCUCUCCUGAAAAAGAAGCAAAGGCUCUGCUUGAAUCUGGUUGGUGGAGUGUUGAAUAUCUCAACUCCACCACCACAACUCCUUGCAAGUUGCCUGGCGUUACUUGCAAUCAUGCUGCAACCAUCACUCAUAUUUCUCUACAUAAUGAUUCUCUUUUGGGAAUGAAUCUUGGGAGAUUUCUUAAUGGGUCUUCGUUUCCGAAUUUAGUCCACCUGGAUCUUGCUGGAGCUUGGCUUAAUGGGAGCAUCCCGCCAGAGAUGGGCACUCUUUCGAAGCUCAAUCACCUCAAUCUCUCAUAUAAUGAAUUAACAGGUGAGUUACCUCUUUCAUUAGGAAACCUCUCCCAAUUGCUGACGCUUGACAUUUCUUAUAAUUAUCCAAUCAACGGUUCAAUUCCACCAGAAUUAGGCAAUUUGAACAGUCUUGUUUCAUUAAACUUGAGUGCCAACAACUUGUCUGGUCCAAUCCCUUCAUCCCUUGGUCAUUUGUUCAAUCUCACACAUCUUGACAUUUCAUAUAAUGAAAUCCAUGGUUCCAUCCCAAUCGAAAUAGGAAAGCUGAAAAAUCUUCAUUCCUUCAUCAUGUCCGGAAACUGGCUCCAUGGACCACUUCCAUUAAGUCUGGGUCAACUAACCAAACUAAAUACUCUCUCACUUUAUUCCAACCAAAUAAAUGGAUCCAUCCCUCCAGAAAUUGGAAAUCUCAAAAACCUGGAAAUAUUAGAACUCCGUUCUAACAACCUCACGGGUCCAAUUGUGCCGUCUCUGGGUGGUCUUGACAGUAUAAAACAAAUUGACUUGUCCCACAACCACUUCAACGGAACCAUACCCACUGACAUAUGUUCCCUUUCUACACUCAUUUCUUUGGACCUCAGUUACAACUCAAUUGUUGGACAAAUACCGUCUCUGGGUGGUCUUGACAGUAUAAAUCAAAUUGACUUGUCCCACAACCACUUCAACGGAACCAUACCCACUGACAUAUGUUCCCUUUCUACACUCAUUUCUUUGGACCUCAGUUACAACUCAAUUGUUGGACAAAUACCUUCUCAAUUUUACAACCUCACAAGCUUGACCUCCUUGAACCUUGCCUGUAACAAUCUCAGCGGUACAAUCCGCUAUCUUAAUCAACAACGAUUCAGUUUAUUUGAUAUCGAAGGCAACAAAGAUUUAUGUUUUGACUACGUAAUUGGCUAUCACUGCUUGGAUGCUCCCCCAGCAGCUACUAAUAAUCAGGGUGUCAUUCACAAAGUUGUGCCCCACUCCCAAAAAAUCAGAGUCAUUGUUGUUCUUGUAUCGGUUAUUCUUGUCUUGUCUUCUAUUGUGCUCAUUGCAAUCUUCUACAUAUGUCGGUGCAAAAAUAGGAAGCAUACUCAACCACUUGGUGAGACAAAUACAACAAAAAAUGGAGAUAUAUUUUCAAUAUGGAAUUAUGAUGGGAAUAUAGCGUACAAAGACAUUCUACAAGCAACAGAGGAUUUUGACAUAAGGUAUUGCAUUGGCACCGGUGGUUAUGGAAGUGUCUAUAAAGCACAACUUCCUAAUGGCAAAGUAGUUGCUUUGAAAAAACUUCACACUUCAGAGAUUGAACACCCUGUUUUGAAUAAGAGUUUCAUAAAUGAGGUGAAAGCAUUGACAACAUUAAGACAUAGGAAUAUUGUGAGACUCUAUGGUUUUUGUUUACACAAAAAGUGCAUGUUUUUGAUUUAUGAAUAUAUGGAAAGAGGGAGCUUGUUUUGUGUCUUGAACAAUGAUGUGGAGGCAAUGGAAUUAGAUUGGAGGAAAAGGGUGAAUAUUAUCCAAGGCAUAGUGAAUGCCUUAUGUUAUAUGCACCAUGGUUGCACUCUACCAAUAAUUCAUCGCGAUGUAACCACCAGCAAUAUUCUACUAAACUCUGAACUAGAGGCUGUUGUAGCGGAUUUUGGCACUGCAAGACUUCUCGAUCCUAAUUCGUCUACUCAAAGUAACAUACUUGCCGGUACCUAUGGUUAUAUUGCUCCUGAGCUUGCCUAUACUAUCGUUGGAACUGAGAAAUGCGAUGUAUAUAGCUUUGGAGUGGUGGCACUUGAAACGCUAAUGGGAAAGCAUCCAAAAGAAGUGUUAUCAUCAUUAUCAUCACCUUCAACACAAAAUCUACUGCUAACUGAAAUAUUAGACCAACGAUUAACACCACCAAGAAGUCGGUUGGCAGUGCACAGUGUUGUUCUUGUUGCUUCAAUUGCAUUUGCAUGCUUAAAUGCUAAUCCAAGGUAUCGACCAACCAUGGAAGGUGUUUCCAAAAAAUUUAUUGAUCGUUGCACGCCAUUUGCCGAUCAUUGUUUCCAUGAAAUUUCAAUAGGACACCUCAUGAACCCACAAGCACUCUGCAUAGAUGGUUAGGUGAGACAGGUAAUAUUAAAUAGUUAGAACAACUCAUCCAACUUUCAAGACUUGGGGCGUAAGGUUAUAUAUAGCAAAUAUAUUUUGUUUUUUUGUUUUUUUUUGUUUUUUACUUCCCUUAAUGAGUUAUUUUUUGUUAUUCUAAAUUUGUGCUGUCCUCCGAUUGUUUCAACUAUUGAAAGAAUAAUUUCUUAAGUAUUAAAUGCA